ACAGCGCCAGGGUGACUUCUGCUGCUCCUCUUGAACAGUGGGACAGGUGCUUCUAACCCUAGAGUAACAGAUCUUUGUUCGCCAAAGGGCUUCUCUCCGCUUGCUAUCAGCAAGAACAAGCCACUGCAAGACGGAACAGAGACACCACUGCUUUGCUUGAUUUAUUUAAUUCUGAGCUAGCGGUGGCCAAUGUAACCCCUGCCGGAGUGCAGCUCUGGAGCUGUGGACCCACUUCUCCCCAGUCCCUGUGUGCUACGGGGACACCACAGCAUGACGGGUUGCUAGCGAGCAGAAAACUUGCCAGAGCGAGAGGGGCAUCAGUUAAACCCAAGGAGUGUGCAUUGCACUUCACGGGGCACCCGGACGCUUGAAAACUCCAGCAGACUCUCCUGGAAAGGACAUCAUGCCUCCCAAAUCUUUCCCCAACCUCUCCCUGUUCAUCGGAGCCAAUCAGAGCGAUUUCGUUCCCGAAGUGUCAGAAAAAGAUUUCCUGCCGGGCUCCGACGGGACCACCGCGGAGUUGGUGGUCCGCUGUGUGAUUCCGUCCCUCUACCUGCUCAUCAUCUCGGUGGGCUUGCUGGGCAACAUCAUGCUGGUGAAGAUCUUCGUCACCAACAGCGCCAUGAGGAGCGUCCCCAACAUCUUCAUCUCUAACUUGGCGGCGGGGGAUUUGCUGCUUCUGCUCACCUGCGUCCCCGUGGACGCCUCGCGCUACUUCUUUGAUGAGUGGAUGUUUGGCAAGGUGGGCUGCAAACUGAUCCCGGCCAUCCAGCUCACCUCCGUGGGGGUUUCUGUGUUCACGCUCACUGCCCUCAGCGCAGACAGGUACAGAGCCAUAGUAAACCCCAUGGACGUGCAGGCAUCGGGGGCUUUGCUGUGGACCUGUGUGAAGGCCGUGGGCAUCUGGGUGAUCUCCGUGUUGUUGGCAGUUCCUGAAGCUGUAUUUUCAGAAGUGGCACGCAUUGGCAGCUUGGAUAAUAGCAGCUUUGCAGCAUGUAUACCUUACCCUCAGACAGAUGAAUUACAUCCAAAGAUUCAUUCGGUGCUCAUAUUUUUGGUCUAUUUCCUCAUACCACUUACUAUUAUUAGCAUUUAUUAUUACCACAUUGCAAAAACUUUAAUUAAAAGUGCACAUAAUCUUCCUGGAGAGUACAACGAGCAUACGAAAAAGCAGAUGGAAACACGGAAACGCCUGGCUAAAAUUGUGCUGGUCUUUGUGGGAUGCUUUGUCUUCUGUUGGUUUCCAAAUCACAUUCUCUACCUGUACCGGUCUUUCAACUAUAAGGAGAUUGACCCAUCUCUAGGUCACAUGAUUGUCACCUUAGUUGCCCGAGUGCUGAGUUUUUGUAAUUCCUGUGUCAAUCCAUUUGCCCUUUAUCUCCUCAGUGAAAGCUUCAGGAAGCAUUUUAAUAGCCAGCUGUGUUGUGGGAGGAAGUCCUAUCCAGAGAGAAACACCAGCUACCUCCUUAGCUCUUCAGCUGUACGUAUGACAUCUCUGAAAAGCAAUGCAAAGAACGUGAUGACCAAUUCUGCGCUACUAAAUGGGCACAGUGUGAAGCAGGAAAUGGCACUGUGAUUAUGGCCAUUCCACUCACUUCUUCAGAAGAAUUUUCUAACUUUCCUGUUCCUAUUGAGCAGAGAAGAACUCUUAAGUAAUUUCUCCAUUCUCAGUUAAUUCGUUAGACAUUUUAAUGAUCGACUCAGAAAAGGCAAGAAACAGUUUACUCCGAAUGAAACUUUAAAUUGCAUUACAGACACCCAUAUGCUACACACGUAUCUCAUAUUAAAAGUGAUUCAAAAACCAAUUUAAUAUGUGUAUAGAUGAAAAUUGCUUCAGGAUUUAGGCUGUGGCUAGAGCCAACUCUAGCAUAUUUAACUUAAAUUUGUUUUCUCUUGAAGCAUAAAAUAAAUUACUAUAUUGAGUCAAUGAUUCAACAGGGGGAAUAUUGAAUUCCUAUUAUUAGGAAUACAAGUUAUAUUUUCCUGGUGAGUACAUUUUAUUCAUAACUAGUACACACAUGUGCACACACACAUACAUAUUAGUAAAAUAAUGGAAAAUAAAAAAGUGGAGCUUAAUCACAAAUCAAUGUUUAUUGUGAUUCCUUGUGUGAUAAAUCAUAGCUUAUAAAAGUAGCCUAUAUCUGUAACUUCUAGGAAUGUAAUGUGAAGGUAUGAUGACAUUUGCAUUAUGAAUUAUAAAUAGGUGUCAUAACAGUAUGGUUUACCUUAUGAAUGUUAAAUUGGUUUCAUGUGCCCCAGAUUGUAAAAUUAUGACUCAGAAAUUUGCAUGUCUUUGUAUACACUGCUAAAUUCUUGACAGUUCUGUUGAUUCUGUGUAAAUGUGAUAAGAUUUGUGUAAUUCUAGUGAGUUCUCAUCCUCCUUGGCAAUAGCCAGUUGACAAGUAUGUGAAAUCUCACUUAAGCAAUUUUUCUAUGCAUGAUAUCACAGUUUUCUCUGAAUGAAUAUCUUGAUUUUUUUUUCAGUAAAAUGAAAACAUGAUCUCAAUAAAAUCCUAAAA